CGACGCAGCCUGAGCCUGGCCGCCUUUCUCAGACAGUCACUCAGUCAGACACCUGUGCCUCAGAUUAGAAGCAGAAUCAAAGAGCCUCCAACAAAGCCCUCUUGACAAAUUCAAAAAAUGAUAAAUGCGCCGCCGUCCCCGAGUGCCAAUUUACUUCCGCAGAAGAUUAGGCAUUAGCAACUGCAAUUGCCUGCCUGCACGCAAAAGAUGGCCAAAACUUCCAGACAAUCCAGAUCACGUGGGAUCGCGUUUUGGCUCCGCCCGAGCGUUGGGGGCAGCUGCGUCGGCAGUCGCGACUGGGGACACUUUACGCGUUGCUUCAACCGCACGCUCAGUUCCAAGACGUCUUCUGACCACGCUUUCGCACACGACUACUUAUGACUUGAUGACUUUCAAAAAACUCCUGAUAUGACUACAGCAUCAUGCAUGCAACAUUGGCUUGACCGCUGUUUCGAAUAAGCACGUACUAUUGCCAUCAUGGAUAGUGAUGAGUUCGAUGAUGGCCUAGCGGACGAGGAUCUUGUUGCUGCGCUUGAACGCUCAUCGCAACCCCGUAUAGCGCUAUCAUCUGGCACAGAAGUCAACGAUCUGACAAAAGUCGCCCACCGGCGACCCCAGAAAGAGAACCGCGACUAUUUUCAUGACCUUCCAUCGGACGCCUUCUUCUCGCCAGAGUCUUCACCACGCGUGCAUGAGGUCCAAGUGCAGCAAGAGAAGGCAUCGACAACUUUUCGAAAUGGACUCUCGAGGAGCAGUUCAGGCAAUUUCCGCCAGACAACCUUGUUCGGUUCAGAAGCUAGCUCUGAGGCCCUCCGUGCUACGCCAUCCCAACCAGCAAACAGGGCAUUUAGAGCCGAUCUCCCUCGCGAGGAACCCACCCAUCAUGCAAUCAACAGAGAGGCCAUGAGGACCUGGGUGUAUCCGACCAACCUCGGGGCCAUUCGCGACUACCAGUUCAGCAUUGUUAAGAAUAGCCUGUUCAACAACACACUAGUCGCUUUGCCGACAGGAUUAGGCAAGACUUUUAUUGCAGCAACGGUCAUGCUCAACUACUACCGUUGGACCAAGGACGCCAAAAUCGUCUUCGUGGCGCCGACAAAGCCUCUUGUUGCCCAGCAAGUUGACGCCUGCUACAACAUCGCAGGAAUUCCUCGAUCUGAGACGACUUUACUCACCGGUGAUAUCCCACCAGUCUUACGAGUUGAUGAAUGGAAAGAAAAACGGGUAUUCUUCAUGACGCCGCAGACACUGCUGAACGAUAUUUCACAUGGAUAUGCAGACCCGAAAAGCAUCGUCCUCCUGGUCAUUGACGAAGCGCAUCGUGCGACAGGAGAGUACGCAUACGCCAAGGUCACCAAAAAGAUCCGAUGCUUCUCCAAAAGCAUGCGUGUUCUAGCUCUGACUGCCACACCUGGAUCCAAAGUCGAAACAGUGCAAGAGGUGAUUGACAACCUGGGAAUAUCACACUGCGAAAUCCGCACCGAGAACUCCAUCGACAUUCGGCAGUAUGUUCAUUCGCGCAACAUUGAGCAAGUUGUCCUCGAUCCCUCUUACGAAAUGACCCACGUGUCCGAGCUCUUUGUGAAAGCGUUGAAGCCUCUGACCGAAAAGCUCACCGCCCAAAACAUCUGGUACGGGCGAAAUCCAAUGGCGCUCACUUCCUUCGGUCUUAUGCAGGCGCAGAAAGAAUGGUUCGCGGCACGAGGCAGAUCCGCAAACCAGGGAGUUCAGUUCAUGAUGCGGGCUGUCUUUAGUGUCCUGACUGGAAUCGCGCAUUCGAUCAAAUUGUUCAACUUUCAUGGUAUCAGGCCCUUCUACGACAACCUCAAGGACAUGCGGAGCGAGCAAGAGGACAGAGGGGAGAAAGGCUCAAAAUACAAGCGCCAGCUCGUAGAGGAUAAGAACUUCCAAGAGAUGAUGAGCACCAUUGAGAAAUGGCUGCGCACCGAUGGCUUUGUCAGUCAUCCCAAGCUCACUGCACUGUCCGAGCAUGUUCUCAACCACUUCAUGGACAAUGGCGAGACCACACGUGUCAUUGUGUUCAGCGAGUAUCGCGACUCUGCGGAAGAUGUGGUCCGGACAUUGAACAAGCACAGACCUUUGAUACGCGCGAGAGUAUUCGUCGGCCAAGCAGACGGGAAAAGGGGAGAGGGUAUGAAGCAGGCAGAGCAGAUCAACGCCAUCAAGAAGUUCAAAGACGGCGAGUUCAAUGUUCUGGUUGCAACAUCCAUUGGCGAGGAAGGUUUGGAUAUCGGCCAAGUGGAUUUGAUUGUCUGCUACGAUUCGUCGGCCUCGCCAAUCCGCAUGCUGCAGAGGAUGGGCCGUACAGGCCGUAAACGCGCAGGCAACAUUGUUCUCUUACUGAUGAGAGGGAAAGAGGAGGAGCAGUUUGCCAAGUCAAAGGACAAUUACGAAAAGAUGCAGACUCUCAUCUGCGAGGGCAGUCGGUUCAAUUUUCGAUUCGACUUGUCGACAAGAUUUGUCCCCAGAGACAUUCGACCAGAGGUCGACAAACGACACGUUGACAUUCCUGUUGAGAAUACGCAAGAUCCCUCACUCCCUGAACCAAAGAAGCGCAAGGUUCCCUUGGGCAAGAAAAAGCCCCCCAAGAAAUUUCACAUGCCGGAUGGAGUCGAGACCGGCUUCAAGAAGCUAUCCGACUUUGUACGACCUAACGGGUCGACGGUAAAGAAGACGGCGAAGAAAGCAAACCUGGAGUUAGAGGACCUUGCGAGCAAUCCAGACUUGUCUCGAGUGGUGCUCACGGACGCUCAGCUCAAAGAGCUGAACCGUACCUACAGAGAUCUACCUUUCCACCAAGACGCGGUCGAGGAAGCGUCAUUGCCGAGCAUGACGAGCCAUCCGCAAUUGCAGCGAGAACUAAGACCAACUUGCAGGCUGGGGCAUGGUCAUCUAACGAAGGCAUGUGUUAGUCUACUCCAGAAGAUGGCCGAGCCAGGGAACCUUGCAAGGUGGCGGGACGGGCACGACACGAGCAACUUUAGGGAACUCCCCGUCAAAGACUUUGUCGAUUCGAGCGACGAGGAUCUCCCCGAGAUUGUGUCAGCCACAUCUGUGCGUCGAGCCGCUGGUGCUACACGGGCUCCAAAGCGGACAGCUUCCGACGCCUCUGGCCUCCGGGCAAAGAGGAGGAAGACGCCGGCCAAUGCAGGAAAGAAAAACAAGGAUGAGGACAGUGAGAACGAAGGAUUGACACGACGAAUUCGGAAAUCCAAAGCAAAGGGCAAGAAGAAGAAGGCUGUGUCAAACCGCGCCGGGAUCAACAGUGAUGAAAUUGGCGACGAUUGCGAGCGAGAGAGUGAUAUGAUGGACACGGAUGGUUCUGACAAGGGUGAGGACCUCGAAGACUUCGUCGUGUCUGAUAACGAGGUGCCUUCAAGUCAUCCUGAACCAGAGUCACCGUUGUUGGCAACUAAGAAACGUGGUCGAGCAAAGGAAGUCAGGAGUCCGGACACUGACGUGUCAGACUUGAAAGAAUUGGUGAGCCCCGUGGCAAGAGAUGCGGCGGCAGCGAAGCGCAAUGGGCGGUCGCGGCGGGUGAUUGACAGUGAUGAAGAUGAUUGA